GAGCUACACAUUUUGGUUGAGUUUACAAGAAAGGAAAGAUGGCAGAAAGUUCAUAUGAAACAGAACACCCAGUGAAGGCGUUUGGAUGGGCAGCAAGGGACACCUCUGGUGUUCUUUCUCCUUUCAAGUUUUCCAGAAGGGAAACGGGCGAAAAGGAUGUGCAAUUCAAGGUUUUGUACUGUGGGGUAUGCCACUCCGAUCUUCACCAGCUCAAGAAUGAAUGGGGUAACACUACCUAUCCCAUUGUACCCGGCCACGAAAUUGUUGGUGUGGUCACUGAGGUUGGGACCAAGGUCGAGAAAUUUAAGGUUGGAGACAAAGUAGGGGUGGGAUGCCUGGUGGGAUCCUGUCAAAAGUGCGAUAAUUGUGCCAGCGAUCUAGAAAACUAUUGCCCUGGAGCUAUACCAACUUACAAUGCUAAUAAGACCAUGACAUUCGGUGGCUACUCCGACAUCAUGGUCUCCGAAGAGCACUUUGUCCUCAGCUGGCCCGAAAAUUUACCCUUGGAGGCAGCUCCAUUGCUCUGUGCCGGUAUCACAACUUAUAGCCCCUUGCGAUACUUUGGACUUGACAAACCCGGAAUGCACAUAGGCGUUGUCGGUCUAGGCGGCCUUGGCCAUAUGGCUGUGAAGUUCGCUAAGGCGUUUGGAGCUAAGGUGACCGUGAUCAGCACCUCUGCUAGUAAAAAGGAAGAGGCUAUUGAACGUCUUGGCACAGACUCGUUCUUGAUCAGCCGUGAGCAAGAACAAAUGCAGGCUGCGAUGAGCACAUUGGAUGGUAUAAUAGACACAGUUUCUGCAGUUCACCCUGUUCUGCCAUUACUAUGUUUAUUGAAAACUAAUGGAAAGCUGGUAAUGGUUGGUGCUCCAGAAAAACCACUUGACUUGCCAGUGUUUCCCUUGCUCAUGGGUAGGAAGUUAGUGGCGGGAAGUGCCAUUGGUGGAAUUAAGGAGACGCAAGAAAUGUUAGACUUCUCGGCGAAGCACAACAUAACACCCGAUGUUGAGAUUAUUCCUAUGGAAUAUAUCAAUACUGCCUUGGAACGUCUCGUGAAAGCUGAUGUGAAAUAUAGAUUUGUGUUGGAUAUUGGCAAAACGUCAAAAUCUGCUUGAACAUUAAGUUAAAGACGAAAUUUUGGUUCCUUUUAUCCCCAAGGGAAGAUAUGAGGGGUCAUUGGUAACCGAAUAUUAUGAGAUCAGAGUUUCAAAUGUUAGCCUGGUAUGAGCUGCGCUGCAGUGUUUGUUUAACGUAAUAAUGCCAGAUAGUGAUGGCACAACAUCAUAUUGUAUGGCGUUGACAAAUCUGAUAGUUUAAUGCAUAUUAAUAUAAAUGAAAUUUAAGAUUUCUCUGUACAACUCCAUUAUUGUUGUAAUAUUACGAUGACAACAGCGCAGCCGUUGACAGAGGACAUUAAUUAUCUUCGGAAGUUUAAUAUUCAAUGUGUUCACGUAAAGUGCC